UGCUUCUGCUGUGAAAACGAGGUGGUGUCAAAGAGUUCCUGGAUUAGAUCUAUGGCAUGCCAACAGAUAGCAGCACAUGGUUGUGUGUGCAGUGAAAGCUGGCAGUGACCUUCACGAGGGGCAGUGUGUUGAGUGACAUCGUUGUUUACUUUGCAAGUUGUGAAAUUUGUGUUUUUGCAGUCACAUGUAUGCUGUAGUCUGUGAUUUUGUGUUUCCUUGUCUUGCCAUCACAUAAUUGUUGUAAACAAAUGUCAUUCACUUCCGUUAAUUCGUGAAAUAUAUCUCGCCACAGGAGAAAUAUUACCUUGCUUGGAAAUAGGUAAAGGUUGGGUGACGAGGAAGGCAUUCCAGCUUUAGAAAAUCCACCUCAAUAUUCCAUCCGGCCCACGGUCAUUAAAACGACGACGCAUCAGUCAUAAAGAUAAUGAAGACGAUACGACAUAGUCAGUCUGUUCACACACCUUUAACUAACGGUAGUUUCUAAGAUAUUUUCUACAAAUAAAGAACCGUGGACUUUACAAACAGAAUAAAACUUAGCAGCUAUGAAACCAUCACAUAAGAUGAACAUUUCCCUUCAGAAACAGACUGGUGGAUAUCAAGAAAGUAUUUUUGGUAUUCUCCACAUGAUUGCUCAACCUGCUAGAAAUAGCAACCAAUUCUCUAUGAUUUUCUGAAGGUUUUAUACUGUGAGAGCAGCAAUGGAAACCCAGGUUGAAAAUUCUCCUUGUCUCCCUCAAAACAAUCCCACUUCUUGUGAAAUCGAUGAAAAAGACAGCCCUUACUACUUUGAAUCUGACCAUACUGCCCUCAGGUGUAACCCUGAUUACUGCAACCUUCUCAAAACGCUCUGCCGGCUCGAAUCGCAGCGGAUAAAGGCCAUUCAGGACAUUGACCAACUUUAUAAGUGCCAAGAAUCAGCUCUUAAGGAUCCGAUUGCAUUUGUUGAACAGCUGCAGCGUGGUGAAGACUUGAACUUCCCAAAGCGGCAAACGGUCGCUGAAAUCCCUGUGAUAAACUGGGAGGCUUACACUUCCAAAAAAGAUAUAGCUGCCUAUUGUACUUCAAGACACAUGACCCGCAAGAAGAGACCAGGUCCAAGCAUCGGUUGUCUACAAGGCAGUAGUUAUAUGGAUGAUGGUGAUACAGAUAAUAUGUUUAGAACCGAUUGUCCAAAGUCACAAACUGUUGUACGUGGGAGAUUAAAAGAUGAAAAUAAACCUGUCAGCUUCAACCAACUCUGGAGCGUAGAUGAACAGAAAAGGUUAGAAGAACUUUUGGUAAAGCACCCUCCUGAAGAAAUCGAGUCUCGGCGCUGGCAGAAAAUUGCUGCUGCUUUGGGCAACAGGACAACGCAACAAGUUGCCAGCCGUGUACAGAAAUAUUUCAUCAAGUUAGCCAAAGCUGGUCUGCCAGUGCCUGGCCGAACACCAAACCUGACAUCUUACACACGAAAGACUGGACAUCGGCACCAACGCUACAAUCGCUUCUACCACCAGUCAACGUUUCUCCAAGCACAUGAGCUUCCGGUCUACAUGUCUGACAAUGAUGAUGAGAGCAGCCGCAGCAUCGAUGGCUGUAAUUCAUUGACAACUGAUGCACUCCAAGCUGAGCACAGUAAGGACUUCACAGAUGACGAUGACGAUGAGGACGAUGACGACGACGAUGAUGACAAUGAGGAUGAAGAUAUCCCUCUGGAAUUGAGAGACACAGCAGAAUACAAAGAACUCAUGAAACUGAAGAACUUGAAAAUAUCUCGAUUCAACACAGGACAAUGUCAAACAUUGAAGUGUAUCAACUGUCGCAGAAUUCUUACAAAUCGAUGGCAUUGUAUCGAUUGCCAGGAGCAGGGUUUAUCAAUUGAUUUGUGUCAAGUAUGUAUUGAAAGUUCUUUUGAACAUCCUGUCCAUCAAGUGAGCCACCGACUGAAGCCAUUGAACAGCAAUCCAAGUUACGUUGACAACGAUUACACCAAGUUCUCUGGAGACUAUAAUUACUUAGAUCCGAACUAUAUGCCAGCCAGUUGAUGAUAACUUAACAGGAUUCAUCACAAGAUGGCUUUGUGAUAAGCUGACAAACUUGGCAGAUUGCAGAUACGACACAAAAGCCAACCAGCCUGCUGUGAACAGACUUAACAUAAAUGCUAUUCUAACCAUC